GAUCGCAGCCCUGGAGAGGCAGAUUUUUGACUUCCUAGGCUAUCAGUGGGUGCCCAUCUUGGCUAAUUUUUUGCAUAUUAUGGCUGUCAUCCUGGGAGUUUUUGGUACCAUUCAGUACAGGUCAAAAUAUCUCAUACUGUAUGCAGUGUGGCUCGUUCUGUGGGUUGGAUGGAAUGCAUUCAUCAUAUGUUUUUACUUGGAAGUAGGACACCUUUCUCAGGACCGAGACUUCAUCAUGACUUUUAACACAUCACUGCACCGUUCGUGGUGGAUGGAGAAUGGUCCUGGCUGCCUGGUGACCCCCGUGAUCAACUCCAAUCUGGCCCUCGAAGACCACCAUGUCAUCACCGUCACUGGGUGCUUGCUUGAUUAUCAGUAUAUUGAGGUGGUGAGCAGUGCAAUGCAGAUAUUCCUUGCGCUCUUUGGAUUCGUUUAUGCCUGCUAUGUCAGCAAAGUGUUUAUGGAAGAAGAAGACAGCUUUGAUUUCAUUGGAGGAUUUGACUCCUACGGCUACCAGGCCCCUCAAAAGAUGUCGCACUUGCAGCUACAGCCUUUGUAUACCUCUGGAUAAUUGAUUCCUUACUGACGGUGAACUGGAAUUUUGGGAUGUUUGCAAAACUGCAGGAUGCCAAGUAGGAUGGCAAAUUCAAUAAAAACCAUUCCAAAAGGCAGAAAAUGGCAGGAUAUCUCCCCUGAAGGUUUGGUGUGGCCUGCACUCUUCCCAGAGGAAAAGCAGCGACUCUGUAUGGUUCUCCCUAACCACUCCCAUCCCCCUUUUUACUCCUCCGUUUGGUAGCUGCACGAGUUUAAUGCUCCGAAAAUGGAGAUCAAAUCGCUUCUGUUCCAAUACUGAGAGCCCAAAAGAAGCUCAGCGCUCCACCUGCUGGCCAGUGUUUGUAGUGCUGCUGGUAUCACGAGACGAAAUCAUGAACCUCAAGUUAAGGCAAAUGUUCCAUUUCUUAUGAGGGCCUGGAGGAGUCCUUUCUGAAGAAGACCUCUCUCUUUUUUUGCAGACUUGUUUUUGAACGUGUUCUGAAUGGCUUCCUACUGUCUUAUUUGCCUCUGGGCAAAUGGCUUUGCAAUGUGGUAAUUUUUACAUUGCAAUACAUUGCAAUAAAAAUAUGUGACUUGUGGAAAGGGAGCUUCACGGGGGGGGGUCGGGUCUGAAAUCGGUUCUGCCCCCCACAGCACAGACAUUUCCAACACAGUAUUUUCCAAUCUGUUUGGUGACUUAAAACAUAUGUGGGUCCUGGCGUGGAUUCAAAGGGCCUGUGCAAAUUAUCAGUCCAGAUGUCCAGCAAAUAUGAUCUGUUCCUUGAUUUGCAGUCUGCUGUGAAAGGGGGGAGUGUGUGUGUGUGUGUGUGUGUGUGUGUGUGUGUGUGUGUGUGUGUGUGUGAGAGAGAGAGAGAGAGAGAGAGCAGUAGAGAAAGCCUGGAGAGAAAAUUAAUCUCCCAAUUUGCAUUUUGCUUAGGCCCUGCCAGCAUACAGCCCCCCACCCCCAAAAAGAAGAAGGUUCCUUAAUAGCGAUCAGAAAAAGAUUUUGCCUGUUGUUCACAGAAUCCGGAGCCAGCAUGCUGGCCAAGAAUUCUGAAGUUGUAGACCAAUAAUCUGAUCCCUCAAAAAGGCCCCAGUGCAAGCUGAUAAUGGGACCUCCUGUAUGGUGUUGAAAAAUAUGUUUUCGAAAAAGAGCCCAGAUACUAGUUUACUAAAUGUUGCCGUCCUUUUGGAUUUUUUGUUAUUGUUGUUGUUGUUAAAAGGGCAGGGCAGGCCCCCGUUCCUUAGAAUAUCAGCGUUUCUAAUGUCCCAGUGCUGGAUGCCACAGGUCCACCAGAUUGCAGAAUUUUUCUUCGAGGCUGCCUUGCUCUGUCUUAACCAUAGAUACUCACUUGCAUUGCUUCCACUUGUUUUGUAGGCCAGGCUGUUAAGAAUGGCCCGCAGUGUCCUCCCUCGGACAAGAAGCAGUUGCAGUCAUUCCAAGCCAAUGCCGAACUCAACCGCUUUGCUCUGGGCCCUGCAAUGAGCUGAAAUGCUUCUGAAAUAAAGAGCUAAUCCUGUGCAAAUGAGCAGGUCCAACAUCUGGCAAGAGCAUUCAGUGCCUCCCUUUGCCCACCUGCUCAGUGUUACUUUCAAAUUAAACAGGAGGACAAGCUGAUGGGUAUGUCCUGAUAGUUAAAAAAAAAAAAAACAACUAGGAAUAAAAAUUUCAGUGCUAACACAGUACACUUACAGAAUGCUCUGUCCUGAAGAUUGGAUGCAUUCUUGCAGAAAUGAUGGUAUGUUAAAUUAACGUGAUACUUCUGAGGACUGGUUUCUGCUACAACCUGACCCCAUCCCAAGCACCCUCCACCUGUGCUGAACUACAACUUCCAUUAUCCCCAGGGAGCAUAAGUAAUUAUGAUGGCUGGAGGGGAGAGCAGCUAGAGUCCAUGCACGAGGAAGGCAGCCAGUUAAGGCAAAGCUAUUCUCUUGACAAAAGGCAAUAGUUUUAUAAGAACUGUACAUUCCUCGUGAGAUACGAAUGGCGAAGACUUAUCUCUCUCUGUCUUUGUAUAGCAUUUCAGUGUGAGCCAUCUUCUCCAGCUACAUAUUCCUAUUUACAGACAGUUCUCAACAUGAUAUCAGCAAUCCCAGUCCUGUCCCCCCCCCAUCCCCGAUUGGUUUGUUCUUGUUAGGCAAACCCCCCACUGUCUCACGGAUUCAUUGCCUCUAACCAGGUGAGCCCGACUUCCUUCCACCUUCACUAUGCAAAAAAGUAAUGGACAUCUGUGUCUAGGAAUUGGGUACUGAUUCUGUUUUGUGCCUGCUUUUCAUACAAGGGGCUUCUUAUUUUAAAUUGUAAAUUGAUACAGGUCAUUUUCAGUUAGACACUGCUUUGCAUUAUCAAUCCCAGUGUCCUCACCAUCAUAAUUAUCCCCCUCCCCCCCAAAAUAGGCGCAUUCUGCUUGAAGCAUUGAUUGGUGGUGUGUCACUACAUGCAGUCAGCUUCUCUAUUGCAUAUAUACAGUGGUGCCUCACUUAACGAAGAUAAUCUGUUCCAGCGAAAUAGCUGUAGAGCGAA